AUGCACACCCUUUACGCUCGCGUCAACAAUGUCACCGCCCUCCUUUCCUCAUGUAUGAUGGUCUUGCUCGCAGCAAUUGCGCUCUCGUCCUUUAUCUUCACCGCGGACCCUAAAGGGCAGCUUGCCAUCACCAACGUCCAAGUUGUUCCCGGAAACGCACGGAGAUACGGACAUCGACAACAAGACUUCGCAUUCGUCAAUUUCAACGUCUCUGCUGAUCUCUCGCCGCUCUUCAACUGGAAUACGAAACAGUUGUUUUUGUAUGUUAGUGCUGAGUACACGAACAAGAAAGGAGUAACCAACGAAGUCGUCAUCUGGGAUCGCAUCGUGCGUCGCAAGGAGGACGCGAAGAUCUCCCUCGCCGGUCGCAACAAGUACAAUUUCCGCGAGCUUAGCGCAUCGUUCCGGGACGUGCCCCCGGCGCAUUAUUCGCUCAAGUACAACGUGAUGCCCCAUGUCGGUGUACUCACAUACGGUGAAGCCGCACGCACGGUGGAACCCGUGCUAUUCCCCGCACAGCGACAGCUCUCAUAG